UCCUCCAACCUCCAGUCGAGACCCGAGCACCAGACCAGCAGCCUGCACAAACUCGUUCAUCCUCUUAGUUGCCUUUGUUCAUGGAUUUGGAGCAAUAUUUCUCCGAUCCAUAUACUUUUCACCAACCGCAUCACCCAGAGCUUAUCGUCCUCUCCUUAGAAAAAUAACUGUUCCUCCCGUACACACACUUUUUCUCAGCAUUCGUGGUGGUGGUCCACAUUCUUGAUCGGUUCACAUACGUCUCAUUAUAAAAUAUUAUUAUCCCUCUCACCGCAUUUUCUCUCUCUCCUCUAAUCCAAUUCAUACUCAUCACGUCGCCCAUCACAACAAAUUACACUAAUCUUCCUGGCGUUGGAAGAAUCCCGAUAGGAAUUCCUAAUUUUGAUCCCUCGUUCCUUCCUCGCCCGGCGUGUCUGUCUGUCUGUGCGCGGCGGUGGCGGCGGCGGCGAAGAGAUUAAUCACGGCGGUGGGUGCAGGAGUGUAGUUGUGGAUUUUGGCGGAGGAAUAACGUGACCCAACAGUGACCAUUGAUUACACCUGCUGCUGCUGCCUCGGCUUCUGCUCCUGUUCACUGACUCAUUCCUGAUUGAGAGAGUUUGAGAGAGCGUGAGGUGAAGUGAAAGUUGUAGGAUGGGGCAAUCCUGCGGAAGAUAAACGACUUCAAUUCAGACUCUGGACAGGACCAGCAUGGUUCGACAAAUAAAGCUAAAGUAACCCAGUGGGACCACAACACUGUUAAUACUCCACUCUCCUCCUCCUCCUCCUCUAUCUGGUCGCCCCAUGUAAUCAGAUACGAGGGCCCACUACUUACGAAGAGGUGGCAGCCAUAAGCCUCCUCUCACUCUCUCCCUUUCGCUUUCUUACGACUUUCUCCUUUACUGCCCGUACAAAUAACUAUAAUAGCACACAAAAGACGAAAAGAUAGUGCAAAAAUUAGCAUAAAGAUUUGGUUUCCUGGGUAUGGCCGAGAUUGUCAAAAAUGCAAAAAAAUUGAGAGAAAGUAGACCUCAUCUUGCCUCACAUUACCACCAUCGCAUUACUCUGUUGCCCAUAUCUCGCUCUCUCUCACUCGCCAAGAGACUGGAGUAACCCGAGAAACACCAGUCCUCUCGGCAACCAACCACCGAAACUGCUACUAAUAUUCGUGGCACUGUGUGCACCCCAUAGCGCGGUGGCAAGGAGUCACAAAGAGAAAUAGUCUAGGGAAAGAUCGACACUUGAGACACCAAGCAAACCAAAGUUCGGAGUGAAGUGGGUGGGUGGACUCUUAUCUCAGAACGAACCAACAACUUGGCUUGAAGCAGAAGAAAGACAGAGUUGCACUUCGGAAUGAAAUAUACGGGGAACCCAGAGAAUUCAUCGUACUACUACCAUUUCUCCCCCACAUCUGCCUCCACGGUUGUCACUUCGUCCUCCUCCAAAGGGGGCUCACUUCUCCCCUUCAACCUCAACUCGCUCCCAUUACGGCUCGUGACACAGACUUGUGAUCCCAAACGAUCCAGGUCACCAGCUCCAGGGCGAGUGAGUGACCGGCGACCUCCUCGCUGUCGGUGACUCCCGUUCCUCCGCCGCAUCCCGGGUGUGGCCAUGACCAAACUAUUCUCUCCGCGGAGGCUGUACUGCUGCUGUUGCUGCUGCUGCGGAGGGACUAGUCACACCCACCAUCACCAACAUCGUCACGUGUGGCGGAAGACGGUCGUGUUUGGCGUUUUCGUUUUCUCCCUCUACUUUGCCCUCCUCAGCUUCGUCUCCUUCCUCGCCGUCUCAAACCACCAGGGGGGACUUGGGAGGGCCGGCAAUGGAGGAGGGGUAGGCAUGGGUGGCAGCAGGGGACCUUCAGCCUACCUCUCCCCUCACCAACUCACUCUCAAGAACGGUUCCUCAGCCCUGGACACAAAUCCUAACCUCUUUGGUUUACCAUUUGGAGGGCCCAACGGGUCGAGAGAUUUGGGACUGUUGACAAUCCAGAAGACUGGUAGUGGCUCAAACACACGAUACAGUGUUCACGCAUCCCAACCUCGACGGGACCCCGCAUUUGCGAGCGUCGCGAGUGACAUCAUCCGAAGUCAGGCCAUUUUCAAAUGCGUCCCUGUUCACUUCCGGCAAGAGGUUGGACCCACCGUGACCGGUCUGGCCAGCUUUCCCGGCAGUGGGAACACUUGGGUUCGCUAUCUCCUCCAAUUGUCUACCGGAAUUUUCACUGGAAGUGUUUACAAGGAUUUUGCCCUACUACGGAACGGAUUUCCAGGCGAGAGUAUAACGAACGGACGCGUGCUAGUCGUAAAAACCCACGAAUCUGGUCCCAUGGCACGAGCACAGUUUCAAAAAGCCAUCCUCCUCGUUCGAAAACCAGCAGAGGCAAUCCUGGCCGAAUUCAAUCGAAGAGCUGCUGGACACAUUGGUCAUGCCGGAAGAGACAAGUAUACGAGAAAUGCAGGACGAUAUUGGUCCUCCUUUGUGGCACAGAAGGGAAAGUCCUGGACAGAGACGAAUCUCGACUGGAUUGAAGGAUUUCAAGGACCUUUGCUCAUCUCGAUGUAUCACCAACUGGUGCAAAAUACGACACAAGAACUGACCACAAUUCUUGAUUUCCUCGGGGAACCCGUGACAGAAUCUGUAAUGAACUGUGUCAUCAACAACAAAGAAGGGAUUUAUAGACGUCGCAAGAAAAAUGUUCAGUUUAAUCCAUUUACUUCAAAAAUGGAGAAAUUUCUAUCCAUUCAGGAACGCAUCGUUUACAACGCCAUACAACGCAGAAUGCGAAAAGAAGGCACCACCACAACGUUGGGACCUUCUGGUCUUCUCCUCUUUAAAAACACCGCCGUCGUCAAAAACAAUCAUCACGAUUUGGAUAGCUACCUUAGCUAUACGAAUAGUAAUAAUAAUAACGAAAGUAGUAGUCAGAAAGGAGAAAUUAUCAGCCAAUAAGGAGUCUCGAGGGAGGGGGCGGAGGAGACAAAAAUGGGAUCCUGCAGAAUAAUACUCGACAGCAUGACGCAAGGCCGAUAAGGACGAGAACCUCCUUUAUCUUAUAAUAAGCUAAAAACAAUCUGAUUGAUUGAGAUUAAAUGGGUAAAUGCAUUAUUGCACCAAAUCACCUUUCUGUACAUGCACGGUUAACAAUUACGUACGUAGUUCCAGAGAAGGUGGGCCACACGUCAACUUGAAAUGAAUGAAUAUAUAACUCGAAAAUUACAGAAAUUUGUGAAAAUGGAACUUUAUUGCCCAAAAUUCUUGCACAAUUUUUGCACACGAACGAUUACUUUGGGUUUUACGUAAAAGGUCACUCCAUCAUUUACUGUCUAGAAAUCUCAUUUCUAUGUAUGUAGCUCAUGAUAUGUAUAAGUCAAGAAAAUAGGCACUGGUGCAACUUGGAAAUUUAUACUUACAAUCAGUACAGUAAGAAAUUGGAUAUUAUGCAGAGAAACAAACGAUACAACAAAUCGUAUUUUUACAAAGGUGUGCAAGAGAAAGUGGUAUUAAAUUGGAUAAUUUUAGUAGAGUUGAUACAUAAAUAGCACUAUGUAGAGCUACUUAUCUAUCUAUGUAGUGGUACUGUUAAUGUAUGCAUGACAUGCAUUUGUGAAUGUUGCCUAUACACUGAUUCGAAAGGGUACACGUACAUAAAUAUAUUAUAAAUCGUACUUGCAAGUAUAAGCAUAUAGUCAAAGUUGUAUAUUGUGUACAUAAAAAAUAGCUUUCUUCGAACGUCGGUUCUAAAAGUAUUCGUAACAAAUUCGUAACAUUCUGACGGUGCUCCAGAAAUGUAACAAUGAUUGAACCAUGAGGUAAUUUGUACCUUUUAGUAGAAUUAGUUAGAUUAAGUGAGUAGUCAAAUAAGAAAUACUAGUUUUCAAGCAAAUAUUUUAAAAUGCACAAAAUAACGCACCGGACGUAUAAGAGAGUUAAGAGAUACUUAGGAUAAGGGUUAGAACUAAAAAUGCCGAAUUAUUUGAUGCAAAUUAAUGCAAGGCGAAAUCCACGCUACUUCCGAAUCAUUUAGAGUUAGCAUUUACUAAAUUUUAGUAGUAUUAAGAUUGUAAACGCGAAUCGUAGUGUAAAAAUGGAUCAGAUUAUGUAUUAACGUUUCAUCAAUCAACAAUUUUACAAAUUCCAUGAAAAAUUUUUUCAUUCGAAAACAAUUAGUGCAAAUGAAAACGCCAAAUUAUUGAAACAUUUUCAGCAACAAGUAGUUGUGCAACUUAUAAUGAUGCGUAAAAAAUUUUAAUGUGUACUACAAUUAAUAAGGUCCAACAAAGAUCCUACUCAAACCAUCUUAUUUACUUACAUACAAUGGGACUUAUGCCAAAAUUGAAAUUCAUACACAAACAAAUACAAACGAAUUUAGAAUUUAUAUAUACUUUGUUUUUAUUUACUUAAUCAUGCCAGUCAAAUUUAUAAGAAGGGUUUCUCAUAUUAUUGUUAUCUAAAUUUAUUAUAAUAUUUUCCGCUACGGAAUGAUAAAUGUACGAAAAAUGAAACAGAUAUAUGAAGACGAUCCUUUCCAUCGCCACACACAGUAUUACGAAUAUAAUAUAAUACAUAAUUACAAAAAUUAUGCUAUACGUUGUGAGAUAUUUAUAAUGCUUUCUCUCUGUGUGCCCGUAAA